AUGAGGCCGUGGCAGUGGGUGCAGGUGUGGAUGUGGCUGGCUGGGCUGGGGACCGUAGAAUCAGCACCCAGCCUGGAGAAUGCCAAGGCCUUGGCCCGGGGAGCAGAGUCUCCACUCUUCCUAGACAGACCUGACUUCUUUGAUUACCCAGACUCGGACCAAGCCAGGCUCCUGGCCCUGGCCCAGUUCAUUGGAGAGAGACCUGUCCUCUUUGUUAACUCAGGUUCCAAAUCCAGGCUCUUCCAUCACAUCCUGGUGGGCGCUCUCGUGGUGGCCUUCUUCUUCCUGCUUUUCCAGUUCUGCACACACAUGAGCUGUGAGAAAGGAGCCUAA